AUGACGAAUGAUGUGUUUCUACAGGCUGCAGACGUAGUAAGGGACUUUCGCGCUGGAAAAGGCGGCCUAAAGGCUCUGUGUUAUGCUCGAGCCAGCCAGCCGGGGCCUGUCUAUGCCCUGGCCUUGCGGGCCUUGGGACACGCAGAUCCGUUGAAAGACACCAUUUCACGGCUGGCAAAUGCAGACGAUACUACACUAGAGCACAAUCAUGUGCUUGUGAUGGCCACAGAGGCACUUUUAGGGGACGGAGUACCUCAUAGAAGAAGGCGCUUAGAAGGAUCCACAAGAGACGCCCUUCGCAUAGUCAAAACUCACAUGCCUGAGUUUGCGUGUCUGCUGAAGAAGCCAGACGCGACUAGCGUGAAAUCUCACAAUGCUACAAGCGCUACACCAUACCUACCUCGUGCAUUUAGAGUUAACCUAGAUAAGCGUGAAUAUCCGGAAAUAAACGACGAAGCAGACAGGAUGCGACUUACUCUGGAGGCAGAAGAGCAGUGUGUUCUACGUGUUCAGGAUCAAUUACAAAACGAACUGCCUCCAGAAGCAAAGCUCACCAGACAUCCCAUCCUUAAAGAUUUUCUGCUGAUUUCUGCUCCUGAUAUGAAGAUUCCAUUCCACAAUCUCUGGGUGGUCAAGACAAACCAGGCUGUCAUGCAGUCGCUUGCUUCUGGCCUGCCUCUGGCUGCACUUCGCGAGGCCGCCAUCAAGCUAUUCCCGUCCCUGAAAAAUGUCUGUGUACUCGAUGUCUGUGCUGCUCCCGGCUCCAAGACAUUCCAAGCCUGCAACUAUUUUUCCGGCGUCCACGCUAAUGACCUUGACAGACGUCGCUGUGAGAUCAUUCUUCGUCGGGGUAAGGAGCUAGUCAGUACAAAAGCUGUGCGGUCUGCAAAUGUCGUUGCUGGCCUACCAAUUAACUCUCUUGUGAUCACAAGCAAUGACGCUCUCAGACUCAAGGACACUGGUUGCCAGAUUAUUGUCUGUGAUCCCACAUGCUCAUCCUCGGGCAUAUACAGUAACAAGGAUGCUUCACUCGCGGAGGCGGCGGGGGUGGCGAAAACACACGCUGACCCGGCUGAGCUCAGCCAGUUUCAGAUAAAGCUUCUUACUAAGCUUCUCACGAAGUUUCCCAGUGCGCUGCUAGUGUCGUACAGCACGUGCAGCAUUCAUUCCGUUGAAAAUGAAGACGUCGUGGCGGCGGUUAUGGAGGAUGAGACAGGGAUUUCUAAGGAGUGGGAGCUGUGGAACGCGCUUCCAGAGUGGCCACUGCGAGGAAAAAAGCCAUACACUUGUUGUUUGCGGGCAGACAAGCGACAGAAGACUGACGGGUUCUUUGCUGCGAUUUUCGUCAGAAAGUCUCUACUCAAAAGGCCCUCAUGA